AUGACAGUCGAGCACCAGUCUCCGUCUCCUCCCGCGUGCUUUUUCAGCCAUCACGUCAUCACGCUUGGCUCUCUGGAAAGCCGGGAGUGCACUACAAGACCAAAGAGGACGAGGCGUCAUAGACGAGUUCAGAGAGAAGAUGCUGCAAGAAAUGAGCUGGUGUCAAGAUCAUUGGAAAGUGCUCAGCAGUGUCUGUUCAGUCAGGACUAUGGCACUGCUUUUGUUCACUAUCUGCUGGCUCUAAAUCUUGCCCCAGCUCUAAAAGACUUUGCAAAUGAGUCCUUUAGAUUCACUCUGUUUAAAUGGGCUGAUGAGCUGGACUCUCUUGGACGUAUCCAGGACCUAUUUGAUUGCUAUGAACAAGCUUUGGAGUUGUUUCCAGUGGAUGAGGUUAUAGUGAAUAGCAUGGGAGAGCAUCUGUUUAGAAUGGGAUUUCGGAAUGAAGCUGCUGGCCAUUUUUACAAAGCCCUUAAACUCCGACCAGACUUCCCAGAGGCAAAGGAGAACUUUUACCGUGUUGCCAACUGGUUGGUGGAACGCUGGCACUUCUUAAUGCUCAGUGACCAUGGGCGGAACCACAAAUACCAGUUGGCUAUCAAGAAAGCUGUUGAGGGAGGAUGCAGCUCCGUUCUGGAUAUUGGAACUGGCACGGGCAUUAUGUGUGCAAAGAUGGCAGGCGCUGCUGAAGUCUAUGCCUGUGAGCUGUCAAAGACAAUGUAUGAGCUGGCAUGCGAGGUGCUCUCAGCCAAUGGGAUGGCAGAUAGCAUCAAGAUCCUUCACCUGAAGUCUCUGGACAUGGAAAUUCCAAAAGACAUUCCAAACAGCUUUUUCCCGUACCAGUGUCAGAGAAACACUGGAGAACCCUUGCCCAAUCCCUCACAAACGGGCCGGGUAAUACCUGCUGGUGCAACUGUGUUUGGAGACGCUGUGCAGAGCCGUGAGAUCCGUAGACAUCACAGGCUGUGUGCGUCUUCAGUGGGAGGCUUGGAUCUGUCUGCAGUAGGACAGAUCUAUAGUCCAGUUAGAUGUUUGGCUGAUACUGAGGACAGCACAGAACCCUACACCACUGAAAGACUGAGCCGCCUGCAUGGAGGAUACAUUCAACUCACACAGCCUUUCACAGCUCUGGACAUAGACUUCAAUAAUGUGCAGGAGCUGGAGGGUCUUUGCUCCAGAGAGGUGACACAGCUGUGACUGUGUGUGACUCAGGAGGGUGUUCUUGAUGCUCGGCCAGUAUGGUUUCAGCUACACCUCGACCAGGUCAACCACCUGUCCACUGGCCCACAGGAAGACACAUGCUGGGAGCAGGCCAUCUAUCCAAUACACAGUCCAUUCAACACUGUGAAAUGUGGUGAUGAAAUACUGGUUGAAGUUUCCUGUAAGGACUCUUAUCUCAGGCUAUGCUGCACUGCUAUCAUAAGAGAUGACAUUGGACACACAUUCCAUAUGGACAAUGUAACUAAUGGACCUCCCAAGAUCCUCACUGCAAACCCUGAGGCUGAGCUGUGCAGUGCUCUGGCUGGCCUUCAAACCAACCAGGAGAUACCAUCUUGCGCUUUUAUGCUGGAGUCCUCAGAGAUGGCCCUCCUCAAUAACACAGUGUAUCAUAACAGCUUCCAAAAGGCCAUGAGCAAACUUUUGGUUUCUCUUAAGUCAACUAGGAGGUCACAACAGUCAGACACAGAACUCGAUCCGAUCUACGUGCUCGAUGUCUCCGAGGGCUUUUCUGUGCUCUCCUUGAUGGCAGCCCAGUUAGGCUUCGAUUCAAGUGAAGACAAACAAAUCAGCCCUGGAUUGGUUCAAGCCUACAGCUCAGUGGAGAAGGAGCAUCACCAGACUAUGUUGAGACUGCUGGCCAAAGGAAACGGUGCUCUGAAGUUCUGGUUACGUCACGUGGAGGACGAUUCUGUGCUUCUCCAAAGGCCAGCCACCGAGAAGCUCUGGAGCGCCAUCAUACUCGACUGCAUAGAGACCUGUGGCCUUAUUAGACAGAAACUGAUGGAGAAAGCAACAUUAGCUAGGUGUUUGUUGGAGGACGGUGGACAUAUUUUUCCAGAGCGCAUUGUGAUCCACGGGAUGCUUGUUGAGUCAGACACGCUGCUUCGGGAAAGUGCUGUUCAGGGAACAGAGCUGACUCUCGGGUUCAACAUUGCUCCAUUCGUCAAUCAAUUCACAGUAUGUUCUUCAGCGGGUCUGUCAAUACUGACGGGGUGGGGGGGGGUGCACCUGUACUGAUAUAACACACUCCAAAAUCAGUGAAUUGAUGCUAAUGGGCAAUUAUUUAAUUGCUGUAUGGUAAACAAAUUUAUUAUUUUUAAGAUUAAGCACACAUUUUACAUUAAAAUAAUUUCAGGCAUGAGAGUGAGUAAAUGAUGAUUUCUGGGUGAACUAUACCCUUUGAACUUGGAUGGAACGCAAUUAAGUAGAAAUACUCAAAAAUACUCAAUACACAUUUGCAUGUAAAGUUUAAUGAUUCGUGACAACCACUGUUAAAUUAGGCAAUGCAACAGCUGUACAAACCAUUGCAGAAAAUGCAUCUCUCUGAAUGGAUCAGAAGGACACACGAUGGUUCAUAAAAACAAAUAAAUGGGAAUAUUUCCCACAGGUCCACAUCCGUAAUGAUAAAACGAUCUGCCCUUACUGUUAUACUAUAUCUGACAUUUAUAUUUCAUGUGCAGCUGCUGUUAAAUCUAACAGAUUGUUGAAACAAUUAAACAAAACAAAAAAAAAAUCUUAAUACCAAUAAGACAACUUUGGCUGAUAUUUAGACAUUGCAUCAUUUCCCGAGGUGAACUUAAAAGUCAGUAUUCGAAAUUUUCAAUACUUUACUAAAUUGGGUUUUAAACCAAAUUUUCUUUGUCUAAUCAUUAAAAUAACCAAAUCAUAAAAACACAAUUAAAACCAAUACUUUUUGAGAAGGACAAAAGAAAGAACACCAACAUAUGGGUUUAUGUCUUGACACAAUUACAUGAAGCUGUUCUGAAGGCAAGGAGUCCAGGAGAGGUUGCUAAGCUCUGAAGUGAAGUAAGUAGAGAUAUGGGUGCUUCAGUAUUUUGUGCUUUAGAGCCAAUGUUCAAACUGUAGUUGCUUUACCACAUGCAUAUAUUCUGCUGAGACAAAAUGUUGCAAAUCUCCAUGGCAUCCUGGCAAUUUCAUAUUAUCGUCCAUGAUCAAGGUGCUGCUCCAUGGAAGGGGAAAAAAAACUUAAAUUGCAUUUGCAUUCACAGAUAAAAAUGUGAAAGUAACACUGAUGUCAUAAAAACAAACAA